UAUCGGGACCGCGCACCGUGUACACUACCGAGCGAGCCAGUUUGGUUUCCAGAGCGCGCAUCUGUGGCCUCUCCGCUUGUACUAGCCCGUAUCCUCUAACGGUUUCCCCAAGCUCCCUGUCAUGGGCAAACCUACCCGGCUACCCGAUCUCCAGACGCACUAAGUCUUGGCCGUCAUGUUGUGCGCGGACACCCCAAGCCGCUGUUGAUAAACACCGGGCCCGAGCCCUGACCCCCGGAGGAGCUGUCGCCAUGGCUGAACAGACCUAUUCAUGGGCGUAUUCCUUGGUGGACUCCAGUCAAGUCUCUACGUUCCUAAUUUCAAUUCUUCUCAUAGUCUAUGGCAGCUUCAGGUCUCUCAAUAUGGACUUUGAAAAUCAAGACAAGGAGAAGGAUGGUAGUAGCUCGCCUGGAACAUUUAGUGGAAACAGCACCAAUAAUAGUAUCCAGACUAUUGACUCCACUCAGGCUUUGUUCCUCCCCAUCGGAGCUUCAGUUUCGCUCUUAGUGAUGUUUUUCUUUUUUGACUCCGUUCAGGUUGUCUUUACUAUUUGCACUGCAGUACUUGCAACAAUAGCAUUUGCAUUCCUCCUCCUCCCCAUGUGUCAGUAUUUAACACGACCCUGCUCUACUCAGAACAAUUCCACAGGGAGUCAUUUCUCCAUGCUGGGAAUUGGAGAUAUUGUGAUGCCUGGACUUCUCCUUUGCUUUGUCCUUCGCUAUGAUAACUACAAGAAGCAGGCGACUAGUGAAUCGUGCGGCUCCCCAGGGGCCGCAAUUUCUGGGCGCAUGCAUAAGGUCUCCUACUUCCACUGCACGCUCAUUGGGUACUUUGUGGGUUUAUUAACAGCAACAGUGGCAUCUCGUAUACAUAGAGCUGCUCAGCCUGCCCUGCUCUAUUUGGUACCAUUCACCUUAUUACCCCUUCUCACUAUGGCCUACCUGAAACUGAUUUUGUCUAUUGUUUCCCUACCCAUACUGAACAUUUUUUAA